UUAUUACCUUGACAAGAUUUCCUAGAGAGGAUUCCAUGAAGUUUCCUUUCAGUGGUUGGCUAGAGAAUUUUUUUUUGUUCUUCUAAGGUGGAUGUAUGUUAUCUUUGAUUUAAUUGAUGCCAGUGAUUUGUGUAAGGAGCUUAGUAGCUUACAGUGGUGUUUCGAAGAGACCGGGCGGCAGUGAUGAGGUAAAUUGUGGAUCUGUUGGUCACUGCAUAUACACUUGUGUAGGUCGUAGAAACAUAUGACUUUUUUUAGUUAAUUUUAAUCAAAUAUGUAAGUGAUGUGAGAAAGGACUUCUCCAUAAUCCCUUGUAAUGCACGCUUUGUGAUUAUUCAGUUAAUGAUAAGGCUGAUAAAAUGCAUUGGUUCUCAAGACCAGGAUCCAUAAACUUUUAUCUUUGACAUCUUUUACGGAAGAACAUUGUCUUGGCCUUUUUCCAAAAGAAAAUCCAUCUUAUUAUGAGGUGGGAUAUGGUGCCAGGGCUGGCUUAGACACUUGAUAGACCCUGGGGAAAAAAUUUAAGUAGGCCCCUCCAACAUAUAAAAACAUGCUACUUAUAAAACUGUUACUACAACUAAUAUACUAACAACUAACAAAUCUUUCAUUUCUUUUUCUCAAUUACUCAUUUUCCUAUAAUAAUAAGCUUAAAAACGUCUAGAGCUCUUACCUAAGGAAAACACAAGAUUCAUUUAUUUUUAAACAUUUUUCAACCAACAAAUCUUUCAUUUUAUCAUCAAGAUUAUUCCACCUUAUAUUAUGAAUUUCCUAGAAAUGAGUGAGCCUGAAAUUAGAAAAAACCUUGAAAAUUCAGUUAGACCAUUCACAUUUCACACACUAAAUUAUAAAAACACUAUUUUUUCUCAGAUACUUUUCAAAUGAAAAUCAUGUGAACACAAAAAUAUAUGACAUACCAUAGAUCAAUAUCUAAAAACGAAAUCUUAUCAGAGAGAAUUGGUUGAUAAAAUUCAAGUAUUUGAUGUAAAAAAAAUUUUUCUGAAAUUUAGGGAAGGAAGAUGAAAGGUUUGUAAGAACAAGUUAAUCGAAAAAAAAAAAACCUAAACAAUAUGUCGACACUUUACAAGGUUACUGAUAUUUUAAAUAGGCCCUUACCUUGUAGAUCCCGUGGCUAUGUAUAUUCUUUUUAAACACACGCACAAUGCAUAUGAGUCCUGAAAAAAUAUGUCAACACUUUAAAUAAUUACAUGGUUAACUAAAAUUUGUUUGAUGGACUCCUUACCUUGUGGGCCCCGGGGCGGUGCACUCAUUAUCCCUCCCUCUAAGUUGGUCCUGACUGGCGCAUGUACUCAAUAGCACUAUUAUUAUAUAUCUAGAAACAUAAUUUAUUGAUAUUAAAGAUCAUUCGAUAUUUCUAAAGAUACAUCUUUGACCAGAUACUUUGGCACCUAGUAAAAGUUAUUAGUCAAAAGUCAUAUCCGUAAAAAUAUUAAUGAAGGAUUUGAAUAUUUUCACUUAUAAAUGUAUACUUUAUACAUAUAAGAGUUACAAGUUAAGAAAAACAAACUAGUUCAAACGAAAAUAAAGAUCAAAGUCUUCACCAAGUGUUUGGAAAAAUAGCUGAUGGCGAGUGAUCAAAUCAUGCAUGUGCAACCUGAAGUUUUAGAUAUUGAUGAAACCAAUAACUAUUUGAACGGUCAAUUAUUGAAGUUAUGUGCUGGACCUCUGUUUGAUACUCCAAAAGUUGGAGAGAAACUAGUUACUUCUAUCAACGACGAACUUUGUCAACUAAAACCAAUUUUUGAUAUUCCUUCAAAAAUUUGUUGUAAUGUUUUUAGUAUCAACCUUAAGGUAGAGAACAAUACUAAUGACAUUUAUGCAGAGGUUGCUUUGUUGCCUGAUACAUCUGAUGUUGAAAUUCCUAUUCCUAAAAACGAAAACAACAUACAAAACAUUAACUAUUUCACCAAGGUGUUAAGUGCUUCUGAUACCUGCAAAACUGGUGGUUUUGUUUUGUAUAAACGACAUGCCAUGGAAUGUCUUCCCCUGCUGGAUAUGUCUCAGCUAACCCCAAGUCAAGAGAUAAUUGCUAAAGAUAUUCAUGGUCACAAAUGGAGUUUUAAACACACUUUAAGAGGUACACCAAAAAGACAUCUUUUCACAUGUGGUUGAAAUGAGUUUGCAAAAGGAAAAAAAUUGGUUGCUGGAGACUCUUUUGUAUUCCUUCGAGGAGAGAAUGGGGAAUCACGAGUUGGUAUCAGUAGAGCAGCUCAUCAGGAACGCAACAUACCAACAUCUUCAAUUUCAAAACAGAGUAUGCACCAUGGUGUAGUUGCUACUGCACUGAAUACUAUUAAAAACAAAUGUAUGUUUGUUGUGUUCUAUAAGCCAAGAUCGAGCCAAUUCCUUGUCAACUUCGAUAAAUUUGUAGAUAGAGUGAAUAAUAAGUUUAGUAUAGGCUCCAAAUUUUCGAUGAAGUUCGAAGGAAAAGAUUUAAAUGAAACAAGAUACAAUGGAACAAUAGUAGGAGUGGGAGAUUUCUCCACUCAUUGGAAGGAUUCAGAAUGGCGAAGUCUAAAAGUGCAAUGGGAUGGAACUGCAACAAUUCCACGACCUGAUAAGGUAUCUCCAUGGGAGAUUGAGAUGCUAACACAGUCAUCAAACAUUUCCAAGUCAGAUUAUCUAAAAAAUAAACGUCAAAUCGACGUAUAUGAAUUUGGUUCAAAAAUGUGGUCUCCUACCUUGUCCCAAGGCCAAGAAUCGGGACAGCCAAGCAUACAAUCUUCCAUGAGAUACUCAUUCUCUACCAUGUACAAUGAGCAAAUGGCUCAAGCAAUGAAAGAAACGUCAACCACAACCGCAACUACUAGCUGCAGACUGUUUGGAGUUGAUCUAGUGAAUCCCGCUACAACAAAGGAUCCAGUGGAACCUAUUGACUCAAACAAAAAAUUGAAGAUUUCUAAAAUCUUUGAGGAUGAAAAGAUUGACCAUGUCCAAGCUAGAAGUCAUACUAAGGUUCAUAUGGAAGGUGUCAUAGAAAGGACUGUAGAUUUAACUAUAUUUGAUGGAUACAGUCAGUUGAUCGAUGAACUAGAAAGACUUUUUGAUAUCAAAGGCGAGUUGCAUAUGCACAAUAAAUGGAAAAUGUUUUUCAUAUAUGAUGAUGGAGAUAUGAUGAUUCUUGGAGACGAUCCUUGGACCAAAUUUUGUUAUAUGGCGAAGGAAAUAUUCAUAUGUUCAAAAAAGGGUGUCAAGAUAGGGAUAGCAGAUAAUAGAUUCUCUGAAGGUGAUCCAACAUUAACAACAACAAUCUUACCACCAGAUGUCAACAACAAUUAGAGAGUUUUGGUUUUAAAAAUUAAAUGUUGCUUGUUUUUAUUAUAUAUUGAAUAAAAGGGUUUGAAUCUUGUGUAACUUAAAAAUAUAUUAUGGAGUGUUUGGUAUUUGAUGAUUGGUGUCUUGUCUAGCAGUUGAAGUUAUAAAUGAAGAAACUAUAUUCUUCUUUUUUUGUUUUUAAUCUUUUGUUCACUUUUUUAGUAUUGUGCGUGUAUGUCUUUUUGGUAUUACAUAUAUUAUGGCAUGUUUUGGCAUUUGAUAGUGGCGUGUAAUCACUCUUCUCAAGAACUCUCUGCCAAGGUAACAUGAAUAAAUAACUCGGUGAAUAUGACUUAUAUGAGAAAAAUUGGAAAUGCUACUCCCAAAACUACUUUCACAGCUUCAGAGACUUGGAGUCAUCUUCAGGUUCAGCUUCCUGUGUUAAAUGGCAUCAGUCAGUUUUGAUCAAAAGCUCAAUGCCAAGCAUGGAUAGGAUAAGGGUUGGGGUCUCAAUGUUCCCUCGGAUUUUCUUCUUUGCGCAAGCCACCAAGAGAACAUACAGCACAUCUUUCCGGUUGCUCAUAUUCCUUUGAGGUUUGGUCUUUCUUCUCGUCCAAACUCCAUUAGUGCUGUUAUCCAAGCCGGUAAGGUGCAUCUACAUUUUCAGACUGUCCUUUAGGGAGAGAGGAACAGAUUGAGAAGGAGUGCAGUCUUUGUAAUGAACUCCACCGAGCCUAUAAAUUGUUCCCUUGCUUGUCUGCACACUCUAAAGAAGGAAACAAGGAAAUAAGUUAGCAGUUAGGUGAUUAAACUAAACACCUAUCACAAGCAAUGACAAUCUACUCAGAAUAGCACAGAGCUCACUAUAUCAACAACUUAGAAUUAUACCAAACAAUUAAGCAAGUUAAUCUAGUUGAGGCAAAGAGUUAACUAGGGGAGUCAAAAUUUGCACAAUCAAAUAGGGAAGAAAACAAAGCUUUUACGGGGGUUCAGAAUUUAUGCAAAGCCAAUGACAAGUAAUCAAAAAGAUGCGGAAACGAAAAAAAAAAGAUAAUACGAAAAACAAUCUUCAAAACAAAAGACUUUUAUUUUGAGUUUUCGUAUGAACGUUCCAGAGACAGAAUCGUACAUGAAGUUUGCAUGGAAGCGAGAUUACAACACAAAUCUAAUAACAAAGGCAGAAAAAUAAUCUAGGUUCAAUAGAGUAACCACCUAUGUCAAGAAAAUCUAUAUGAGUCGCAACUCAUUUAGCAAAAGACGAAAAUAAAGCCUAAGGUUUCUAAUUGCAGAGAGUUUUGAUAGCUAAGUUUCUUACCCCUUUCUUCUCUGUCCCGGCCUUGUUGAUAUACACCUUCAAGGUCGCACGUGUUGCAAUUUUCCUGUAGACCCAUAUCUUCAAUUUUCUCCCAUCUUUCUUUAUUUGUCGAGAUAUGAGUUUAUCUCUUUCAGAAAUCUUUCAUUAUCUUGUUUUCUUCCUUAUUCCUUCCCAGACAAAGUAAACAGUUGAUAUACCUUGGUUUUUAUGAAUUUUAACCAUGGCAUAAGACCGGUUUUAAAGUAUAUAUUAUGUGUUUUGGAGUCAUUUUAUGAUCUUUCCAGGUUCAUGUAUACUUUGGGUCAUUUUGGAGAUUAUGGAGCAAUUUGAAAUGCAGAACUGUGUAGAUGUGUCAGAGGUUUGGCAUCAGAUGGAGGUCUUCUCACCAAUGGAUGAAGCUCAUAAUUUUACAAAAGAUAUCAAACUUAUUUAGCUUUUAAGUUCCGCCUGUUUGAGGUUGAUCCAUCGGUUAGAUCAAAAUUUAUGCGCAUAUUACUGAAGAGUGGUCUGUCUGACUCGUGAGAGGAAGCUGCUGAAAUUCUGGUGUGGUGUUGAGCAAAACUACAUGGAUGCCGAACGACACCCAAACUAUUAACACCCGACUAGUGAUUUAAUGAAGUUUCAAGAAUUGAAAGUUGGCACAAUGUUUCUUGUAUUUGCACAAGAGUCCUUGAAUAUGUUUUAACCUAUUUGUACUAAUUUUAAGCCAUUGUUGAAAGCAAAGCUUUUUUAGAUGUGGAGAGAUUAUAAAUAACUCAUUCAGAGUCUUCUCUGAACUCAUGUUUUGAUUCAUCUAUGAAUUCUAUCCAGACUGUGAUUUGUGUUAUUGUUUUCAUGUCGAGUAGAUCACUUGUUAGGUCAUUUUUAAUUUUAAUUUACCAGCUUCCAUUGAUACCAAAUAUUUGAUAUUAGUAACAAUAUCAAAACAAUAUAUUACAAUAUUUCAAAUUUAUGCUAUAAUCGCGGGUUGGAAUGAAUAUUCGGUAAUUUUGAUAAUAGUUUCUAUUUUCAAAAUUUUGUGGUUCUAUACAUCGACACCAAAUUAAGACCACUAUUAUGUAAUUAAUACACAACAAACAUCAUAUAUUAUACAUAUAAAUUCAAAAUAAAAAAAAUAAUCCGUGCAAUCCCACAGACACUAUAGAUAAAGUAUAACUGCAAAAUUAGAUUAACCAAACCAAAAACUAAAAUAACAAAACUCAAAUUCAUAAAUAACCGAACUAUUACUAUAUAUUUUGAACCAAAAUCAAAACCCAUAACCGAACUGUAACUAAACCGAAACCUAAAACAAUAAAUUAACGUGAAUCAAAAUUUAUAAAAUAUCAUCAAAUCUUCAUACAAUUUUAAUUUUAAAACGUAAAUUAUAAAUACAAAUAUAAGUAAUCCCGCACAACAGUGCGGGUCUGAAUCUAGUUUCAUCUUUACUUUUAACCACAUGAUCAUCUAUUCUCUUGUUCAAUUACAGGCACACUAUUUCUCUUCUCUCGUAUUUCUUUCGACUAGGUACAAGUAGUAUACCUCAUACAACUAAACAUGAUAACAAGUGGUAUGACUAGUAUAUAAAUGGGAUAUUUCAUGUACAAUAUCGAACUACAAAACCUAGCACGACUAGACAAAUAAAUAUCCUAACUGAUCUAUGGUGACAAAUUUUCUUCUAUUUUAUUUGAUGUUUUCAAAUCUUGGUUAAAUUAUUACAUUAAACUCUUAAAUUUACAUAUAUACUUCAUACUUGUAAUGUUUGUUUACUAGAUUAACCAUAUUAUUACGAAAAGAAAGCAUAGAACAUAUUUUUACGAAAGUUAUUUUGUGAAAGAUAUUGAUACAACCCCUAAAAGCUAAAAAAGAUAAACAACUAGUAUAAUCUGUAUAACUUUUCUUUGUAUAUUCGACUGGUGUUACUGGUACAACUGGUACAAAUUUGACGUUUGAGAAAUUAACAUAGCCAAUUUGGUAUUUCAUAUGAGAAAAAUAAUCAAAUAUCCAAAUUGGUAUGUGAUUAGAAAGUUUUCUCCUAAUUUAUUUGAAGUUUUACAAUUUUUUUUAAAAAAUUAUUAUAGAAUCCCAUAAGUUUACAUGAUCUACUUUAUACUUUAAAUAUUUUGUUUACAUGUUUAGUCACAUUAUUUUGAAAUAUUAUACACCAAAUUUGUUUUUCUAAAUUAUGAUUUCAUCUAUGUUAGACAUAGUAUGUACACAUAAAUAAGUGGUAGAAUUGAUGCACAUAUAAUUUAUGUGUGGUACAACUAAGUUUUUUUAAUUUCACAACCAAAGUAACGUUUUACCUGGUAAAACUCAAAAUUGGUACAACUACAUAUUAUUAAAAUAACUUUGUUGUACCAGUUACUAAUCAUGCUUAUAUUUUUCUUUGUUGUGCUAGUUGUACCAGUUAUACGUGUCAUACAUAAUUUAUAUUUUCUAAUAGUGUGUCUUAUAGGCUUUCAUUCUCUUGAUGGAAGUAUAUUUCUAUAGAUAAUCUUAAAAUACAUGUGCAACAUCUCAUAGAAAAUGAUAUUAUAUUUGGUGCACAAAAAAAAAUCAUAUAUAUCAUCACUUUUCACUGCUUUUUAUGCAAAUAUAUUGAAACAUGCAAGUUUCACCAUGUUCUUCUUAAAUAUGUGUUUACAAUGGUAUAUCUCUUAUAUUAUUUUCAUGUGUAUAUCAAGAUAAUGGACUUUGAGGC